AACGAAAGUUAACUCUAUAUAAAUUUACCUUGUUUUAAUUACAAGAAAUGAAAAGGCAGAGAAGCUAACAAAGUAAUAAUAAACCUGCUCCAACAUUUAAUUUGUUGAUUUUUUCUGACCCACUAUCCAAAAGCCUUCUCUAUCAUGUAGGCCCCAAAAUUAAUAAUAAUGUCAUCAUCUUUCUUCUCACCCUCCAAAUAUCCCUUCUUUUACUGUUGACAACCACCACAAACCACCCACCCACCACCACCUCCCCAUUUUGGCUGCUCUGCAAACUUGUACUGUACAUACACAGGUACUCUAUCAUUCAAAAGCCUGUCAACAAAGAUGGGUUAGCCACCCCUCCAUUUAGCCUCCUCAUGGAUCCCAUCCCCCUUUUUCAUUUCUUCUGGUGGCGUUGUUGUCAUAUACAUGUAUUCUUGUAGCCCAAACGCUGUCGUUUAAUCUGGCUUCCCAGAGCAACAAUAGUAAUAAUAAUAGUAGUAAUAAUAAUAAUAAACGCGGGUAUUCCGAAUAUGCCCUUAAUUUCCCGGGAAAAAUGGAAGAAAAUUACCGGUACCAACUCAACAACCACCAUCACCAUCAGACAGCAAACCGGCCGUCUAGACUGGGGCUGAGAGCCACAGGAACCGGUGGAGAGAUAGUGGAAGUUCAAGGGGGGCACAUUGUACGGUCAACCGGUUUAAAAGAUCGGCACAGUAAGGUGUGUACAGCAAAGGGGCCACGUGACCGGCGCGUGCGCCUUUCGGCUAACACGGCUAUACAGUUUUAUGAUGUGCAAGACCGGCUUGGCUACGACCGGCCCAGUAAAGCUGUGGACUGGCUAAUUAAGAAGGCUAAAGCUGCCAUUGAUGAGCUGGCUGAGCUGCCGGCUUGGACGCCCACCGCUGGAAAACCCCCAAUUGUGAAUCUUGAACAAAACCCUAAUCAAGAAAAUGGGAAUUAUCGACAAUUAGGGCAAUUGGAAGAUGACCCAGAUGAGGAUAUUGUUGAUAAUCAAAUGGGUAGUGUUCAAAAUUCGAGCUUUUUGCCUGCAUCUGUUGAUUUGGUUAAAUCUUUUUUUCCGACCGGUGGUUCCGGUUCAUCAGCGGCGGUGGGGAAUACCGGUUUAUCAGCGGUCCAGUUUCACCAGAAUUUUCCACAGAAUCAAGAUCUGAAGCUUUCUCUUCAGUCGUUUCAAGAUCAGAUGCCUCAGCAUCAAACUGUUGUAGGGAAUAAUAAUAUUUAUUUUGACGGCUCCGCUUGGCCGGAGAAUGGUGGGUUUGUGUUUAAUUCACUGCCGGCGGCAGCAACACAAACGGCGCCGUUUCUGCAGCCGUUGUUCGGCCAACCAACAAACAAUCAGUUGUUGUUAAACUAUAUUUCUCAGAGGGGACCCCUUCAGUCCAGUAACUCACCUCCGGUUCGUGCCUGGGUCGACCCAAUGCCGUUUACCGGCCCGGGGGUCGACCCGCAUCAAACCCCGGGUUUCCAUCACCCGCUUUCCAUGCCCGGAUUGAAUAACCCGGGCAUGGUUGGGUUUUCAGGGUUUGGUAUCCCGACACGAAUCCAGGGUGAGGAAGAGGAACACGACGGCUUGUCUGACAAGCCGUCGUCUGCUUCCUCGGAUUCGCGCCAUUGAUUCAUCACCAUUGGUUCAUAAACAUCUCAUUAAAAGUUAGGGAAGCUCAGAAAGUGACAGUUUGGUGAAUCUAAUGGCUGUGAGAAGAAGAAAUCUGACUUCUGAGUUUGAUUUCAGGUUUUUUUAAUCUCAGUUUAUUUUAAUAUUCAGUUUUCAUGUUUUAAUUGGGCUAUUCUGUUUAGCCCUAGACUUUGUUUGGAUUAAAUUAUGUGUUGUCUAAUUCUAGACUAUGAAUGUUGUCCAUUAUCCCUGUUUCCUUAAAAAAGAAUCUUGUUAUUGAGGAUGUUUGUUCCCAUAGUGUUUGGAUAAAGUUCUAAAUUGGUCACAUGGGUUGUGAUUUAUGAACAUUUGGGCUA